AUGUUACUUUGGUCAGUAUGGAGUGUGAUAUUGUUCCUGACCCCGCUGGAGGCUGCAGAGGAGGCUGACGUCCGGGCAGGCUGCAGCACAGCUGUAAAUGACCUGGUGUAUAUUGUUGAUGGCUCAUGGAGUGUUGGGUUCUCUGACUUUGACACGGCCAAGCAGUGGCUAAUCAACAUCACAAGCCAGUUUGACAUCAGUUCCCACUACACACAGGUGGCUGUGAUCCAGUACAGUGACACACCUCGUCUGGAGAUUUCUCUGGGGAGACAUCAGGGUGGAGCAGAUCUCAUCCAGGCCAUACAGAGUAUCACCUACCUGGGAGGAAACACACAGACUGGAAGGGCCAUCAAGUUUGCUGUUGACCACGUCUUCCCCUCAUCGCAGCGGGUCAGCCAGGUCAAGAACCGCAUUGCUGUGGUGGUUACUGAUGGCAAAUCGCAGGAUGAUGUGGUGGACGCCAGUAUGGAGGCACGAGCUCAGGGCAUUACAGUGUUUGCAGUUGGAGUUGGCAAUGAGAUCACCACUUCAGAGCUGGUAUCCAUUGCCAAUAAACCUUCAUCCACCUAUGUCCUGUAUGCUGAAGAUUACACUACUAUUGACCGUAUCCGCGACUCCAUGGAGCAGAAACUAUGUGAAGAGUCUGUAUGUCCAACACGAAUCCCGGUGGCAUCUCGUGAUGAGAAAGGCUUUGAGCUGAUGGUGGGCAUGAACAUUCAGAUGAAGACUAAGAAGAUCCCUGGCUCUCUGGUUUCUGAGGCAGCAUACGCCCUCACAGCCUCGACAGACAUUACUGAGAAUACCAGGGAGAUUUUCCCAGAAGGCCUCCCUCCAUCCUAUGUGUUUGUAGCCACCCUGCGUCUAAAGGGGCCUUCAAGCAGGCUGACCUUUGACCUUUGGAGGGUGUUGUCAAAGGAUAUGGAGAUCCAGGCCGCAGUGACACUAAGUGGGAAGGACAAAACUGUCACCUUCACCACCACUAGUUUAACAGAAAAGGAGCAAAGAGUCAUCUUUACAGCCGGCUUCCAGACUCUGUAUGAUGGAAACUGGCAUCAGCUCAAACUUCUAGUGAGACCAAGCCAAGUCACCGGUUUCCUCGACGAUCAAGUGAUCCAGGAAAUCAUGUUGGAGCCGGUGGAGCCCAUAUUCAUCAAUGGGGAGACACAGGUGGAGCUUCAGAAGCUGCGUCUGUACUGUGAUCCUCAUCAGAGUGAGAGAGAAACGGCUUGUGAGAUCUACACUGUGGAUGAUGAGAGGUGUCCUCUGAAUCGAACGGCCACGGAGGAAGAGGAGGAAGACUGCAACUGUGUAGCUGGACCACAAGGGCAGCGUGGCCCGCCAGGACGCAUGGUUGUGUAA